AUGAAGGGCGGUCUUCCGAAGCUCGACUAUUUGCUCAAGAUACUUCCAAUGCUGAAGAAAGCCGGAGCAAACGCACUGUUGUUGGAAUACGAAGAUGCUUUUCCUUACACUGGUCGACUGGCGAAUCUGUCAUCAGCUGCAGAUUCCAUGACUUCAGAAGACGUGUCGAUGUUUGUCAAUGCUGCUGUUUUAGGUGGCUUCGAGGUUAUCCCACUGGUUCAAACAUUUGGACACCUGGAAUACGUUCUGAAACUUCCCGAGUUCUCACAUCUUCGCGAAGCAGACGAAGACCCCGCUGACAUUUGUCCAUCGCAUCCCGAAGCUUUCAAACUGAUAACUGAAAUGCUUCAACAGGUGAUGGCACUACACGAAGAAUCGAAAUAUGUUCACAUAGGCUGCGAUGAAGUUUUUCAUUUGGCCGAAUGUCCCGUGUGCAAAUCCUCCUCUCGAGGACAUGAUUUGUACCUGGAUCACGUCAAGGCCGUCGCUCAAUUUGUGACGGAAAGAUUUGACGCGAAUGUCUUGAUUUGGGACGACGUUUUGCGCAAAAUCCCGCUGAAACUGCUGCGAACAUCGCAGAUUGGAAAUUUCGUCGAGCCCGUCAUCUGGGUCUACGGGACGAGAUUUACGGAUGUGUUCCCGACGGAUCUAUGGACAACUUAUGCCAAAGCAUUCAGCGAUAUUUGGACAGCAGGUGCCUUUAAGGGGGCUUUCGGUGCAGCUGAAUUCGCCCCAAAUGUUUACAAACACCUUGUUAAUGCACUGACUUGGCAGAGUGUAUUGACAGGAGUUGAGCCAUUUUUCAGUCGUCUUCGAGGACAGAUUUUUACUGGAUGGUCCAGAUACGACCACUUUGCCAACUUGUGCGAAUUGUUGCCGAAUUCCCUGCCUUCCGCACUGCUCACCCUGCUCGUGACAUCCCGAGGCUCCACUUACGAAGAAGUGACUUCGGCAUUGCACGAAAUACUGGGUUGCCCCGGGCUCGUUGCCCUGCCCGCGAAUAUCCGUGCCCUGGAAUCCGACCCAAGAUUGUGGGACUCGCGCAAAUGCGUGUUUGUGGGAGCGGACGUGGUUCAGGUCAUGUGGGACUAUCAGGGACUCAUGCUUCAGACCCAGGGUUUAGUCAGGGCUGCUGCAGCGAGUGCCUGGGUGUCUGACUAUAACGACAAGCACAACUGGACAAGCAGAAGAAGAGUGUUGGACGAGCUGAAAUUCUUGCCGCCCGUGCAGUCGAAAGUAUCGCAGCUGGGUGCGGAAACCAGACGGGUUCUGUCCCAAUAUUUGACUCCAUCUGCUGUUGAAGAGUGGAUGCAACAGAAAAUAGUUCCUUUGGCCAAAUCACUUUUUGACCUGGAAACACGCGGUCGACGCCUGGCAUCCAUCACAACGUGGGGACGAAGAACCCGAGACCAAGUAGCAGCUCAACUUCAUUUCAUUGCUGGACAAAAGAAAGAUUCGGAAAUGAAUAUGAAUUAA